AGAUGGACAGAGACAUACGGACAGACCUCCAAGCCAACUAGAGGAGAGCCACGAUGAACCUUCUUCCUUUCUUCUCCAUUGAAACCUGGAUCCUCUUGCUUAUUUUUGUAGCCCUCCUGAUAGCAUAUGGAACAUGGCCAUUUGGGCUGUUCAAGAAGCUGGGCAUUCCUGGGCCAAGACCUCUGCCUUUCUUUGGGACGUGCCUGGAAUACCGUAAAGGCUUCUUGGAAUUUGACACUGAGUGCUUCAAGAAGUAUGGGAAAAUCUGGGGGAUUUACGAUGGCAGGCAGCCUGCAGUGGUUGUCAUGGACCCCCAGAUCAUCAAAACCGUGCUGGUGAAAGAGUGCUACUCCACCUUCACCAACCGCAGGCGCGUAGAUCUAGCAGGGGAGCUGAGAAAUGCUGUCUCAUUAGCUGAAGACGAUCAGUGGAAAAGGCUCCGUACUGUGCUCUCUCCAACCUUCACCAGUGGGAAGCUAAAGGAGAUGUUUCCUACAAUGAAGCACUUUGGGGAGAUGUUGGUGAAAAAUGUUCAAAAGAGGGUGGAAAAGAACAGCUCUGUCCCUGUGAAGGACUUCUUUGGAAGCUACAGCAUGGAUGUAGUCACCAGCACUUCCUUCGGUGUGAACAUCGACUCCAUGAACAACCCUAAAAGCCCCUUUGUCAGAGAGAUGCAGAAACUGACCAAGUUUGAUUUUUUUGAUCCACUCUUCAUCUUGGCAUUUGUAUGCCCAUUCCUUACCCCUCUUAUGGCCAAGAUGAACGUCAGCUUUUUCCCAAGUGAUGCUGUAGAUUUCUUCCUGAGGUCUAUUGACAAAAUUAAGAAGGACCGUGAAAAGGAGACUCACAAGGGCAGAGUAGAUUUUCUGCAGAUGAUGAUCGAAUCCCAGAAAUCAGACAGCGAUGGGAAGAACUCACAUAAAGCCCUGAGUGACAUAGAGGUCCUGUCACAAGCAUUCAUCUUCAUUUUUGCUGGCUAUGAGCCCACCAGUAACACACUUUGUUACCUGGCUUACCUGCUGGCCUUGCAUCCUGAUGUACAGCAGAAGGUGGUGAAUGAAAUAGAUACCAUUCUACCCAACAAGGCUCCGCUCACAUAUGAAGCGAUAAUGCAGUUGGAUUACCUUGACAUGGCCGUGAAUGAAACCCUCCGGCUCUAUCCUCUCGGAGGACGGAUUGAGAGAACCUGCAAGAAAGAUGUGGAAAUAAACGGGGUGACCAUUCCAAAAGAAACCAUUGUCGUUAUCCCACCUUACACCCUGCACCGCAACUCCGAGUACUGGCCAAACCCAGAGGAGUUCAGACCAGAAAGGUUCAGUAAGGAAAACAAAGACAACAUAGACCCAUACACAUACCUGCCUUUUGGAGCUGGUCCCAGGAACUGCAUUGGGAUGCGAUUUGCUCUCUUGACUCUGAAAGUUGCCAUCACUUCCAUAUUGCAGCACUUCACCUUCCAGGUCUGCAAAGAAACUCAGAUCCCUCUCAAGCUGCUCUCGAUGGGACUCAUGACUCCAGAGAAGCCCAUCAUUCUCAAGUUAGUCCCUCGGACCAACAAUGCCAAGGCAUAGAACCCAACUGUGUCCUGCUGCAGUCUAAUGAACCCUAUGCUAACAAAGGGGUCACACACUGCAGGAAAACUCUCAUACGUGUGCAGACACAGAAGUGCAACUUAGCUAAUUCUAGAAGCAAUUACUACAUAUUUACCAAAUAACAGCUGUCAGAAAUGUAAUGUGGAUCACUGGGCAGUGGCAAUGCACAGCCCCCUUCAUUUGAUUGCAGAAAUUGAGAAAUAAAUCCAAAUGAGAAGCUGAUCAUCCACUCCCUUCUAAGGAGACUUCUCCAUCUGGAAAGAAGGAAUUAUUGUGGCAUUCAAGAGAAACAAGGUGUGAUGGAAACGCAAAUCGCUAGAGCUCGCUGGGCAGAGAUGGGUGACUUUCUUCUUGGUGUAC